GUAUGCGUGCGUUUACCCUUUUUCCCCCUCGGACAAGUACAACUCUGCCCUUUGUUAGUAGGCCCCACAGCAUUUGGACUAGUCAGACGCCACACACCUCAUCUCAGGCUCUUCCCCGUCGAAGCCAGCCCGCCGCCGCUGCUCCGGCUCCGGACUCCGGCGCAGCCGCCUGGCGGGGCGGAAGAGCUGCGAGCCUGCCACUGCUUCUGCUAAGGACUGUAGGAGAGAGCUCCCCCUCGGUUCCUCCUCGAGGCAAGGCCAGAGCACAGCAGCCGCUCGGCCAAGCCACAAGACACCACUACACGAGCAAGCAUCCUGUUGCUGCUGUACGACAGUGGCAAUUGACCAAUAUCAUUCACAGAUGGGAUGUGGAUUCACGGCUCCACGCGAGUCAGCCUGCGCUCGUGCGCGCUCAACGUACGCUCUGUUGCGCCCACCACAGCCGUCUGCGCGUCAGGUGUUCGUCGAAAUGGCAGCGAGGCACGUCGCUCACAGAGUCCUUGUCUCUCUUUGUGGCGAUCCAUGGCACUAGGUGCAGUGUAGUGGACCGCCAGGCCGUCCAUGGAGAAGCCCCCCCAUGGAAAGCCAGGAAUUGGGGGAGUGCUCAAGGUGGUAUGGCCAUGAUCAGUGCGCUUGAGCGCGUACAUGUCGCCACUCACCACAGCCAAGGAGGUCGACUGGUCGAGAAGUAAGGCUUGGGGAACCGUACCUACGAGUGGCGACCCACAGAUAGUGUCAACCUCUGCCUCCAGGGUAACAUACCCAAACAUGCUGGAAUGGUUUGAAGGGCUCGGGGUGGAGAUGGAGAUAUCUGACAUGUCCUUCUCAGUGAGCACACGAUUGGGGACCAGCGGCAGCAGAUGCGAGUGGGGCAGUCGCAAUGGCAUCUCAGGCCUCUUGGCACAGAAAAGCAAUGCAAUCAGCCCUAGUUUCUGGCGCAUGAUCCGUGAGAUACUCAAGUUCAAGAACGAUGCUCUCAAGUGAUCAUACAUCUUGAUCUCAUUCCGAGCUGACUAGCAGUAGCUAUGGAAUCACUGCAUACUUAGUAGUCUACUUACUAACAGUAUAUAAUAACCCAGACCUGAUGAAUGUGUUGCAGGUACUUGGAGGACCGUGAAAACAACCCUGAUAUUGACCGGAAUGAGACUCUAGGGCAAUUUAUUCAUUCUCAUGGAUAUUCCCAAUUCUUCCAAGAGGCUUACCUUGUACUCCUCUAUUCGCUAUUUAUCUGUAUGUUUUAAGUUGAUGGCAAACUAAAAUGGCAUAUUUGUUGCAGAUCCCGAUCUGUGUGUGUAUAUGGUCAUGUCCAUCUCAAGGGGUGUUGGGAUUCUCUGCUUUCUUUGUGCUCUCAUUCUGCCGCAACCACCACCUUCUUCAGCUGUUUGGUCGCCCCCAGUGGUUCACUGUCAAGGGCCGUUCCCAUAGCUAUGUGCACAAGGUAAGGGAGGAGUUGGAAAGCAUGGGUUGCCAAAUUAAAACCAGCUGUGAAAUUAAGUCUGUUUCAAGUUCCAAUGGAGGUCUCAAGGUUACAACGUUUGAUGGUUCAGAGGAGAUGUAUGACAGAGUCAUAUUUGGUGUCCACGCACCUGAUGCUCUAAAGCUUCUAGGAGCUGAAGCAACACACGAAGAAUUGAGAAUCCUAGGUGCUUUUCAGUAUGUCUACAGUGAUAUAUACCUCCAUUGCGAUAAAAGUAUGAUGCCACAGAGUUCAUCAGCAUGGAGUUCCUGGAACUUCCGGGGGACGACAAACAAGGGGGUUUGUGUUACCUACUGGCUAAAUCUGCUUCAGAACAUAGAAUCUACAGACAGGCCUUUUCUGGUGACACUGAACCCUCCUAAUAUCCCGGACCAUGUCUUGCUCAAAUGGUACACUAGCCACCCUGUCCCAUCUGUGGCUGCCGCAAAGGCUUCUCUUGAGCUUCAUCAAAUUCAAGGAAACAGAGGAAUUUGGUUCUGUGGGGCAUACCAAGGUUAUGGUUUCCAUGAAGAUGGACUCAAGGCUGGGAAAUCUGCAGCCCAAGAUUUGCUAGGUAAGAAGAGUGGCCUUUUGGUGAACCCAAAGCAGAUGGUCCCAUCAUGGACUGAGGCUGGGGCGCGUCUUCUGGUAGCAAGAUUUCUUGGCCAAUACGUAUCCGUCGGUAACUUGGUCUUGUUUGAAGAAGGAGGCACUAUGUUCAGUUUUGGUGAAGCAGGCAAAAAAUGCCAUGCAAAAUCUGUCCUGCGAGUUCAUGACCCCAUGUUUUACUGGAAGGUUGCAACUGAAGCAGACCUUGGCUUGGCAGAUGCCUAUAUUAACGGUUAUUUCUCUUUUGUUGACAAGAGAGAAGGUCUUCUGAAUCUUUUUCUGAUCCUCAUUGCAAACAGGGAUGCAAACAAGAGUAAUAGCAGUGGGGGCAGUAAAAGGGGUUGGUGGACACCCCUACUUCUGACAGCUGGGGUCGCCUCUGCUAAAUACUUCCUCCGUCACAUUUCAAGGAAGAAUUCCGUCACACAAACACGUCAAAACAUCUCCCAACACUAUGAUUUGAGUAAUGAGUUCUUCUCACUUUUCCUGGAUCCAUCCAUGACUUACUCUUGCGCUAUCUUCAAGACGGAGGAUGAAAGCUUAGAGGCAGCCCAGCUACGUAAAGUUGGCCUCCUAAUCAACAAGGCUAAAGUCGAGCGGGAUCACCAUGUUCUUGAGAUUGGUUGCGGCUGGGGCAGCUUAGCAAUCCAAUUGGUGAAGCAAACUGGCUGCAAAUACACUGGGAUCACAUUAUCCGUGGAGCAACUGAAAUACGCGCAGAGAAAAGUGAAAGAAGCUGGCUUAGAGGACCACAUAAGCUUCAUGUUGUGUGACUACCGUCAAAUACCAACUCACCGCAAAUACGAUAGGAUCAUAUCUUGCGAGAUGAUCGAGGGCGUUGGGCACGAAUACAUGGAUGAUUUCUUCGGCUGCUGCGAGUCCCUUCUGGCUCAAGACGGCCUAUUCGUCCUUCAGUUCAUCUCGAUCCCAGAAGAACGGUACGAGGAGUACAGGCGGAGCUCGGACUUCAUCAAGGAAUACAUCUUCCCCGGGGGCUGCCUCCCUUCGCUGGCCCGGAUCACGUCUGCCAUGUCCGCAGCAUCAAGGCUCUGCAUCGAGCAUCUUGAGAACAUUGGGUACCAUUACUACCCCACGCUGAUCCGCUGGAGGGACAACUUCAUGGCCAACAAGGAUGCGAUUUUGGCCCUGAGCUUUGAUGAUAAAUUCAUCCGUAUAUGGGAGUACUACUUCAUAUACUGCGCCGCCGGUUUCAAGUCACGGACGCUUGGGAAUUACCAGAUUGUGUUCUCUCGCCCCGGAAACGACAAGCUGGGCGACAUCGACCCUUACGCAAGCUUCCCGGCAGCCAACCAAAGCUAGCUAUUGAAUCGUCUACAGUUUGCACGUACUUUGCCUGCGCGAGAUGAUUUUUUUUUUUCUGAAGGCGUACGUGAUCGAUACGUGUGUGAUUCAUCGGCAGCAGUACUGCGUGCAAACCAAACCAUUCUAUUACUCAAUGGAGCGGUUGAUUCUUCAAACAAUUCCAACCACAUGGAUGUACGCGAAUUCUUCGAUGCAACAA